ACAACCUUCACGGACACAACGGAAACGCAUCAGAUGCUCUCUCCCUCCUUGCUCCUGCCGUCCCUUACCUCCCCUUCCAUCCUCGUCCUCGAGCGAGCCGCUGCAGGCGUCACACCGUCGCCAGAGGCGCCUGCUGACGGCGAGCCUGAAUCCAAGGCCUGUGCAACUGGCGACGACGACCAUCAGAGGGCCGACGAGUGGUCCCUCGCCUCCUCCUCCGGCUAGAUGGUCCUGUCGCCCAUGUAUCUCCCCUUUCAUGGCCGUCCUCGAGCGUGCUGUUGCGGGCAUCACGCUGCCGCUAAAAACACAUGUCGGCGGCGAGGACGAGGCCUAUGCAGCCGGCAGCGACGACCACCAACAGUUCCAGCUUGCCGAGCCUAACCAGAGGGCCGAGGAGCCACCUUCUCCGUCUAGAUGCUCCCAUCGUCCGUGCAUCUCCCCUUCCAUCCCUGUCCUCGAUUGUGUCGUUGCGUACGUCGUGCCACCGCCAGAGUCUCCUGUCAACGGCGAGGCCGAGACCAACGCCUGUGCACCCAGCGGUGACGACCACCACCAGCUGCAGCUUGUCGAGCCUCACCAGAGGGACGAGGAGUGGUCCCUCGCCGCUUUCUCAGUCUAGGUGUAGUUCAGCGAUACGCAGUACAUGCUUAGGUGCCAAGACCUGCAGGUCCAUCGCCUACUACGACAAGGGCCUCGAGAUCUUGAUGGCUACGCUCGGCGAGCGUGAUCCCCCAUCGCAAAGACCUGCAGUUCUCAGUUCAGGAUGACAUCUGCUGGCCUAAAAUCAGGGAUGUCUGUUAGUCUAUAGGAGCUGGAGCCAUCCUAAGAGAUGUUCAAGCAAUUGGGGCGUCCCUUCCAUCAUGCAUUGUGCACAUAAAUUGGUUAUGGGAUAUGUAGAUCCGUGAGGUGCUGUUGAAGAAAUCUAAACUCUCUACUAACAACACAAACAAUCUUCCAUUCAACGAAGCUUGUGUCACAUCCACGGUCCCCCCUUCCUUGUCCGACUCUGACCCACGGCCACCAGUCCACCACCAUCCAAAUUCCCACGACGUUCCUCCCUCCACGCUGCUGUGUCCUCCUCCGACCUCGCCACCGUCGCCAGUGUUGGGCCAGGUUCGCGCGCGCCAUCGACUCUGUGUCCCUGUCGUCGGCCACGACGCUGCUCACUGGCGACCGCCUCAUGAUCUUACUCUUCGUGGCCCAACACACCUCGCCGCAUCACUUGCAAUCCUCAUGGUGUCCGCCCUCGUCGUCGAGCUCGUCGUGGAUGGCUCCAGCUCUGCCCUGCUUCGUCGCUUCGGAACCAGAUGCGGAUGAGCUGCGCCCCUCCCCUCUCCCUCUCUCAUUUGAUGAUGUCCCUCUCUCAUGUCACUGUUUUUCCCUUCUUUGCUAUUUUAGCAUAUGGAAGCAUUUCUUCAUAAUUUGCUGGAUCUACCAGAUUCCACAAAGUCUUGCAAGGUCAUUCAUGCUCUCUUUCUUUUUUUUGGUGUCGCCAGCUACCGACGCCAUGAGGUUGCCUGAUGUGGUACUGGUGUUGUUCGUGACCUGGAUCUCGGGAAGGCCUCCGUGGGUGCAUGUUUGUUUGCACAGAAAUUUUGUCCAUUUCUUCGGUCAAGUUUGCUUGCCAAAUCAGUGUUGCUUUUAGGAUUUUUUAUGUGUGUUGCAUUGAUAGGAGCAGGAUAGUUCAGCAGGAACUAUAUGGAUCCUUUUACCAAUUGUUCAGAGCAUUUUUGGCUCCGUAUAGUUCGUCCAUGGCAAGAGCUUAGGGAGGCUAUAAUUUGUGAAAAUGCGAUUUCGUUCUAUAGUGAAUCAAUCUGGCAAGAAAUUAUUAGCUAUUAGUUUUAUUAGUCGUUUGUCCUACAAAAUCUUCAUCUGAAUCUAUGUUAGGCUGUUGCUUUAAAAAUAUUUACUCAGUUAGGUACAAACUUGACGAAUGUUGCUGGCACUUCAGUAGUUUUUUGGCGUCGAUUGCAGCUGGCAUUUGCCCUUCAACGCUCGGUAUUCUGUACUUCUACGUAUUAUUUUUUGGGGAUGCAAUGGAUAUACUGGUCACACGUUUGCCAUUCGUGUUUUUUGUUAGUUUGGGUUCUUCAAAUGUUUAGUAGAUCACGAUGAUAUGGACCUUCUUCGAUGAAAAAACACAUGGUAGUAAAGAACUUGCUAUCCAACUUUGCAACGGUUUAACAGAAAACAUAUCGCUCAAAGAAACACAAAACAUACUCGUCCUCUCGCAAUAGUUCAUUGCAUAUAGCAUCAAGUCCUGGCAAGAGUUCAGCUUUUGAAUGGGACAUUAUACAAGCGACCGAUUGAUCACAUUUCUAGAACAAGAAAAAAUUGAGCAAGCCCACCUUUUUUACAUCUCAGGGUUAAACACACUGAGUGCCAAGAUAUUGCGUUAAACAACUAUCUAGAAGGACAACUUUGUCCAGGCUUUUCACUGGUCUUCCUCCGGUUAUCUCAUAAGACAAAGUUAUCCUUGGCCUUGACUUUUUUUCAGAUUUCAAGGUACGUACACUUAAUUCAGAAGAAAAGGGAUUUAUUCAUGACAAAAACAGGCUUUGGAUCUCACUAUCUUGUGCCAGCUCACAUGCUCAUCAGAAAAGCUCUGUAUCCUCAAUGCUUCUGAGUGGAUAUUAAAAGCGGAACUUUUAGAUAAUUUUUUGUCCAGAAAAAAGGCUACAAAACGACACCAUUUUCAUGGACCUGAUAUAUAAAAACUUGACAACGACAACAAAAUAACAUUUGAUUGUUGGUUUUGCAGAGGCAGAAAUGCUUUAAGGAGCUGCAGUGAUUUUUGUGGACAUGUUCCAGUCUGAUAUUGAUUCAGGAUUCUGCAAUGGGACUGCUAGGGGUCAUCAGGUUCAGGGACAAGCCAAAAGUAGAAUAUGUUGGGCCUUACCUUCAUCACGGUCCCCUCAGAGGUGCCAUCAUGUAAUGGCUUCAAUAAGUGAGUUUCAUCAGGCUAUUGAAAGUGGUGCAGGUCAGAGCCAGGCUAGAUUUUGUUUUGGGGUAAAUGCACUUGUCAUUAUCAAUUUACUUUGCUUGAUAAUGAUGCAUCAUGUCAGGGACCACAGUUAUUUAACUCUGAUUUUAUUAUAACUUGCUUCUAGCGAACGGUCAUGCAAUUGACCGAACAUGUAAACCAUAAGCAAAUGUGAUGUAGGAGAUUUUUAUAUAAAUAGACUUUUGCAGCCACUUUGAUGUUU